AGAUCCGAGCUCAACUCAUCGAGCAGCAGAAAUGCCUGGAGCAGCAGACUGAAAUGAGAGUGCAGCUUCUUCAGGAUCUGCAGGAUUUCUUCCGCAAGAAGUCGGAAAUAGAGAUGGAGUAUUCCCGAAACUUGGAAAAAUUGGCAGAGAGGUUCAUGGCAAAAACAAGAAGUACAAAGGACCAUCAGCAGUACAAGAAAGACCAGAACCUCUUGUCGCCAGUGAAUUGCUGGUACUUACUCCUGAACCAAGUGAGAAGAGAAAGCAAAGACCAUGCAACAUUGAGCGAUAUCUACCUGAACAACGUGAUCAUGCGGUUCAUGCAGAUAAGCGAAGACUCCACCAGAAUGUUCAAGAAGAGCAAAGAGAUUGCGUUUCAGCUUCAUGAAGACUUAAUGAAAGUACUUAACGAGCUUUACACA